AUGCAUCCGCAAAGCCUUCUCGUGUGGCUCGCCACCUUGACUCUAUCGAUGCCCGCUACAGCCUCCCUCCCGGCCACCUGUACCUCAAUGCAGGAUGUGGUCCCCAGUCACCUGGACACAUUUCCCACUCUUUUUCAGAACCACAUCUGCAGUCAAGGCUGCAAGCCCACGAUGACCGAUUUCAAGCAAUUCCUCAGCCAGGGGAUCAUUACCCAGAUCAUCACGGCAGCGAUUCAACAGAUGGGACUGCAGCAGUUUAGUUCCCUGGCGGACCCGAUUGCGGAAGAUGCCACGUCCAAGAUUGAGCAGAAAUGUAUGAGUGGGAAUACGACGGGCAAGAACCUAUGUGAUGAUGGCAAAAGUCUGGCAGCUCUCGUUGAUUGCUUGAAAACGAAUAUGAUGCCGCAGAUUCUGGCAGAUGUCGACCAGUUCUCCAUAUUCGUGACGGAUGAUAUGUGUAGGAAGGUGAAGGAGUUUGUACAGGGGCCGGAGUUAUGGGAAAUCACGAUACCGGGGGCGAUGGAUGACUAUGCUGCUACAUCGCUGAAAUGA